UCACUAGUGAUUACAUAAACUACACUGUUCGUUUCUCGUGAACAAACAAGCACUGUCACACACACACACACUCAACUCCAUUACACACACUCACUCACUUUACUCAGUUUGCUUUCAUCAAAAGAACAAGAAAUAAAACAUCUCUUACUUGAACUUUGUACUUGUUUUUUUACCUCUUCUUCUCUUUGUUUACUUCAUGUGUGAACCUACUAGAGUCUGUGUGUGUAAUAUAAAGAAAAAAGAGUCAUCUUUUCUACCAGUUGGUGCCCAGAUUUUCAUGGGACUGUUGUUCUUUUGUACACUUGUUUAUUCUGGUAGCUCAUUUCUUGAGUUUUGACCCAUCAAAGAGUACUAAGCAAGGCCCAACUUUCUCCCCAAAUCAAGGCUUGGUUUUUCUGUGUUUGAUACAUUUUCAAGAAUUAAGGAGAGGGAGAGAGGGGGGGGAGAGAGAGGGAGAGGGAGAGAGAGUGGGGGAGAGAGAGAGAGUAAUUAAGGGGAACCCAUAUGGAUUUGUUUAUAGUUAUGCUAAUAGGUUUGCUAUCAAUGUCAUGUGUGGUUUCACAAGAUGAUGAGACCACAUUGAUUGCAAUUAGUAAAGAGUUGGGUGUGUCUAAGUGGGGUUUGAAGAGCUCAGAGAAUCACUGUUCUUGGCCUGGCAUUGGCUGUGGCUUGAACAAUUCUAAAGUGGAAAGGCUUGAUCUUUCUCAUCAAGGGCUUCAAGGUAAUGUCUCUAUAAUCUUUGAGCUUAAAGACUUAAAGUGGCUUGACCUUUCUUAUAAUAACUUUCAUGGGUUAGUUCCAUUAAAAAUUGGAUUUUUGUCUGAGCUUGAGUUUCUUGAUUUGUCUUUUAACAAGUUUGAAAGUUCAGUUCCUAAAGAGUUGGGUAGGCUUAGAAAUCUCAAGUCUUUGAAUCUUUCUAAUAAUUUGCUUACUGGAGAUAUUCCUGAUGAGCUCGAGGGGCUAGAGCAGUUGCAUGAUUUGCAGUUGUUUAUUAAUAAGUUUACUGGUUCUAUACCUGAUUGGGUGGGAAAUUUGACCAAUCUUAGAGUUUUUACUGCUUAUGAGAAUCAGUUUGUUGGUCAAAUUCCAGAAAGAUUAGGUUCUGUUUCGGGACUUGCUGUGUUGAACCUUCACUCCAACCAGCUUGAAGGGCCUAUACCUAAGAGUAUUUUUGUUAUGGAAAAACUUGAAAUAUUGGUUCUCACACAAAACAAGUUGACUGGUAAUAUUCCUGAAUUGAUAGGCAACUGCAAAGACCUGUCUAGUAUUAGGAUCGGAAACAAUCUAUUAAUUGGGAGCAUCCCCACAUCAGUCGGAAACAUUAGUGGCUUGACGUACUUUGAAGCAGAUAACAACAAUUUGUCCGGGGAGAUUGUCCCAGAAUUUUCUCAAUGCUCUAAUCUCACUCUUUUAAAUUUAGCUUCAAAUGGGCUUACUGGAAGAAUUCCUCCAGAGUUAGGAGGGCUUACUAAUCUGCAGGAAUUGAUUGUUUCCGGAAAUAGUUUGUUUGGAGAGAUUCCUGCAUCAAUUCUCAGGUCAAAGAAUCUUAACAAGCUUGACCUGAGCAGCAAUAAAUUCAAUGGCACUAUACCGGACGAUAUUUGCAACUCAUCAAGAUUGCAGUACCUGCUGUUGAGUCAGAAUUUUAUACGAGGGGAGAUACCUCACGAGAUAGGUAAUUGUACCAAACUGCUUGAACUGCAGCUUGGUGGUAAUUAUCUCAGUGGAAACAUUCCUCCGGAGAUCGGUCAUAUCAAGAACCUGCAGAUAGCAAUGAAUUUGAGUUUCAAUCAUCUCCGAGGUCAGUUGCCUCCUGAUUUGGGUAGACUCGAUAAGCUGGUUUCAUUAGAUGUCUCAAAUAACCAACUUUCAGGCAGUAUACCCACGCUGCUCAGGGGCAUGAUAAGUUUGAUUGAAGUCAAUUUCUCGAACAAUCAAUUCAGUGGUCCAAUACCUACGUUUGUGCCAUUUCAAAAAAGCGCCAGUUCAAGCUUUUUCGGCAAUAAGGGGCUUUGUGGUGAACCACUAAAUUCUCAAUGUAGCAAUUCAAAUGGCGCUGACCACCAGAGCUACUACCAUCAUAGUGUUUCUUACAGGAUUGUUUUAACCGUUAUUGGUUCAGGUUUGGCAGUUUUUGUAUCAGUGAGCGUUGUUGUUAUGCUGUUUAUGAUGAGGGAGAGACAAGAAAAGGCAGCCAAAGAUGCAGGAAUUUCUGAUGAUAUAGUUAAAAAUCCACCACUGAUUUUAGCAGGACAAAUUUUUGUUGAAAAUCUCCAACAAGCGAUAGAUUUUGAUGCUGUUGUGAAAGCAACCAUGAAAGAAGAAAAUAAGCUCAGCAGUGGGACAUUCAGCACCAUUUAUAAGGCAGACAUGCCUUCUGGGAUAACUUUAUCAGUCAAGAGACUAAAUUCUGUGGAUAGGACAAUAAUUCAAUAUCAGAACAAAAUGAUCAGAGAGCUUGAAAGGUUAAGUCGUCUUGUUCAUGAUAAUUUAAUUAGACCCAUUGGUUAUGUGAUCUAUGAAGAUGUAGCUCUUCUAUUGCACGAGUACUUUCCCAAUGGGACAUUGACUCGGUAUCUUCAUGAUUCAUCAAAGCAACCAGAGUAUAAACCAGAUUGGCCAACAAGACUACAAAUUGCCACUGGAGUGGCUGAGGGGUUAGCCUUCCUUCAUCAUGUGGCAGUUAUUCACCUAGAUAUCUCCUCAGGUAAUGUACUUCUAGAUUCCAGCUUGAAGGCAUUGGUUGGUGAGGUUGAAAUAUCAAAGCUCUUAGACCCUUCAAGAGGUACUGCAAGUAUUAGUGCUGUUGCAGGUUCAUUUGGCUAUAUCCCUCCAGAAUACGCAUAUACAAUGCAAGUAACAGCUCCUGGAAAUGUAUAUAGCUAUGGAGUGAUAUUGCUUGAGAUUCUUACGACCCGACUACCAGUUGAUGAGGAAUUCGGUGAUGGUAUGGAUUUGGUGAAGUGGGUUCAAAGUGCAGCAGCAAGAGGGGAGACUCCAGAACAGAUACUUGACUCGAGGCUUAGCACUGUUUCAUUUGCAUGGAGAAAAGAAAUGCUUGCAGCCUUGAAGAUUGCUCUACUCUGUACCGACAGCACACCGGCUAAGAGGCCAAAAAUGAAAAAGGUGGUUGAACUGCUUAAAGAGGUCACAGAAAACUAAGUGAUAUUUAUGUGCCCAGGUUUGCUUCAAAUCAUUCUGUCACCCUUCUGGUGGUUGCUUUACGAUUCCACAUUAUCCAUAAUGCAAUUAUCCACUUUAUACCGUCACCAACAUGAGAUUGAUUGCAUAUUGUACAUUAGGUCAGUAGUUGUAUCAGAAUAUGUGCAAAUGGUGUCAUGUUAUAUUUGUUCACACCGAAAACAGAUGAAGAAUCAAAUGGGAAAGAAUGAAAACGAGUUCUUCAUCAAAGGUUUUUUACUCUU